AUGGCCAGACAACGGCUCCUGAUUGGCCCGAUGACCAUGGAGGUGGAGUUACAGCAGAGAAUGAGGCGGCACAUCGACAUGUACUUUUCCAUCGUACGACGCAGUGCAUGCUGGGAGUCCUUGGUGCAGGAGCACUACAGCGGCAUGCCCGUCUACGUGAUGGCCAACGGCAUCCUAGAAGACCCGGCGCGUUUCAAGGACAGUCUGAGAGUCUACUACCUCUACAACUACAUCAACAAAGCCCUGAAAGCACAGCACCUGAAGGGCUACUUCGCCUUCGCCUACGCCCUCAACGACCAGCGAGACCCAGGCUUCGGCCUGUAUGGCCACGUCCAGGACGAGCCCAUCGUCAAGGCCUCGCUGUCCCACUACCGCAACAUCAUCCAGCACCACGGCUUCCCAGAGGAGGGGGCCCCGGCCCAGCAGUGCCCCAGCCAGCCCCCACCCUGCCUGGGCUGCCAAGUCCUCACCAAGAGGCCCGUGGUGGGCUUCCUCUCUCUGUUUUUCUUUGCUCUUACAGUGUCCACCACAACCAGGAUUGUACUCGUGGGGAAGACUGGUGCUGGCAAAAGCUCCUCAGGAAACACCAUCCUGGGCAGGAAAGCCUUCAGAGAUGCCAAGUCAAGCUGCUCUGUGACUAAGGAGUGUUGUAAAGAGACUGAGGUGGUGGCUGGUAGACAGGUGGUGGUAGUGGACACACCUGGCAUAUUUGAUACAGAUCUAUCUGACCAAUAUUUAGAGAUGGAGGUCAGUAAAUGCAUCAACAUGACAUCUCCAGGUCCUCAUGCAAUUGUACUGGUCAUAAACCUGGGACCUUUCACAAAGGAAGAGCAGCUUACAGUACAUAGAAUCAGGGAAUUGUUUGGUGAUAAAUCUGACAGGUACAUGAUGAUCCUCUUCACUCAUGGCGAUGAGCUAGAUGAGGGCAUUGAAGACUAUUUGAAUGAGGAACAGAAAGACCUGAAGCUCCUAGUUGAGCAGUGUGGUGGAAGGUACCAUGUGUUUAACAACACUAAGAUGGAUGAGAGAAACCAGGUUCUAGAUCUUAUAGAGAAGAUUGACCGAAUGGUAGAAGUGAAUGGUCAAAGCUACUACACCAAUGACAUGUACCAGGAGGUUGAGGAGAAGCUUGUUGAGAAGGAGGAAGAGCUAAAGGGUCAAUAUCUUAAGAAACAACUUGAGUUAGAGGCUGAACUUCCACCCGUCUACCAAGAGAUAAGUCAGAAGGUAAGGGGGACAAUGGAAGCGUUUGAGCAGUGUUCCAGGUAUAUCCUGAUCAAUAGGAACAGGCUGACUGCCCAAGGACACUUUUGA